GGACCAUUGGCCUCAGCCUUCGUGGGCCCGCGGGGACCCCAGUGUCCACCUCGCGGGCGACGGGAGAUCUGUGGGCCGCGGCACCCAGGAGGCGCCUCUCUGAGCCUCGGUUUCCCCGUCUGUGAAAUUGGGUCACCCCAGCGCCAAGCCGAUGAGGAGCUGGCCGAUGAGGACAGCCCUGUCACACACAGUACGCUGUCAGCUCCUGGGACCAUGGGCCCUGGGCCCUGAAAACACAGGGCUCCCUGUGGCCAUGACGACAGGCGACUGCUGCCACCUCCCAGGCUCCCUGUGCGACUGCUCCGGCAGCCCUGCCUUCUCCAAGGUUGUGGAGGCUACGGGCCUGGGGCCCCCACAGUAUGUGGCGCGGGUGACUUCGAGGGACGGCCGGCUCCUCUCCACCGUCAUCCGGGCCUUGGACGCGCCAGGUGACUGUCCCUUCUGCCGGAUCUGCCACGAGGGGGCCAACGGGGAGAGCCUGCUGUCUCCAUGCGGCUGUACGGGCACACUGGGGGCUGUGCACAAGAGCUGCCUGGAGAAGUGGCUCUCCUCAUCCAACACCAGCUACUGCGAGCUGUGUCACACGGAGUUCGCAGUGGAAAAGCGGCCCCGACCUCUCACAGAGUGGCUGCGGGACCCGGGGCCGCGCACGGAGAAGCGGACGCUGUGUUGCGACAUGGUGUGCUUUCUGUUCAUCACGCCACUGGCUGCUGUCUCAGGCUGGCUCUGCCUGCGCGGGGCCCAGGACCACCUCCGGCUACACAGCCGGCUGGAGGCCGUGGGGCUGAUAGCGCUGACCAUCGCCCUCUUCACCAUCUACGUCCUCUGGACGCUGGUCUCUUUCCGCUACCAUUGCCAGCUGUACUCUGAAUGGAGGAGGACAAACCAGAAAGUCCGCCUGAAGAUCCGGGCCGCCGAUGGCCCUGAGGAUGCCCACCAUUCCCCGCUGUCUGCCGGACUUCUGAAAAAGGUGGCGGAGGAGACGCCGGUGUGAAGGGAGGCAGCUGGCCAUACCCCGGUGUUGGAAGGGACAGAAACCAUCGGAGCCUUCCUUUUUUUGUUUUUGUGCCAGGGAUCGAACUCGGGUCCUGGCGCUUGCGAGGCAGGCGGCGGAACCACUGAGCUAAAUCCCCGGCUGUCAGAGCCUUCCUGCUUGGCCAGAAUGCUUCUGGGUCCAAGUGCCACUUCUGGCGGAGCCUGUUCCGCGAUCCUGUGUGUGAACACAAUUUCAGGUUUUUUGCACACUGGUGUACGUGACAAGGACAGAUGGACAAGGUCCUGAUCUUCAGACGGAGCACGCACCCUGAUCUCAUUCGGAGGUCUUUGGCACCUCCCGGGCCAGCAGCUGUGGCCAGAUAGUCAAGGGCGCCCUCAGGCUGGAAGGUCCCAGCAAGCUUCUUGCACUCCUCUGCAUCCGGCAGGCUUGCUUCCCUGGUACCCUUGACUUUCUAAAGUUGCACGGCGUUUCAAAAACCCACCCCUGAGUGAAUAAAAGGAACCCUUGCUGGAUGAAACGGGCUUGUCG